AUGGCGGUGGCACGGAAAAUCAAAACUUUGUUGACGGUGAACAUCUUGGUCUUCGUGGGGAUCAUCCUCUUCUCCGUGUACUGCAGGAUCCAGGACCGCUCGCAGGAGCUGGUGCAGAUCGUCAGGAGCGCCGACCGCCGGGCCAGGAGCCGGGGCGCCAAAGUGGGCAGCCUGGUGGACAGGGAGUCCAUCCUGCAGCGCCUGGACCACCUGGAAGAAGUGGUGUACAACCAGCUAAAUGGUCUGGCAAAACCCAUGGGAUUAGUUGAAGGUCCAGGAGGCUUGGGCCAAGGGGGAAUGGCUGCUACACUGAGAGAUGAUAGCCAUGAAUCGGAGACUAAAUAUGAAGAAUAUGGUUACAACGCCCAACUCAGUGACAGGAUAUCACUGGACAGGUCCAUCCCUGACUACAGACCAAAAAAGUGCAAACAGAUGACUUACCCCGAUGACCUGCCCCAGAUCUCCGUGGUCUUUAUAUUCGUCAAUGAGGCGCUGUCCGUCAUCCUGCGCUCCGUGCACAGCGUCGUGAAUCACACCCCGUCGCACUUGCUCAAAGAGGUCAUUCUGGUGGAUGACAACAGUGACAAUGUUGAGCUGAAAUUUAAUCUGGACCAGUACGUUAAUAAGCGAUACCCAGGCCUGGUGAAAAUAGUACGCAAUAACAAACGAGAAGGACUGAUUCGAGCCAGAAUCCAGGGCUGGAAAGCAGCAACCUCUCCUGUCGUUGGUUUCUUCGAUGCUCAUGUUGAAUUCAACAUUGGCUGGGUGGAACCUGCACUUACUCGAAUCAAAGAAGAUCGGAAGCGGAUCAUCUUACCAGCAAUUGACAAUAUCAAGUACAACACUUUUGAAGUGCAGCAAUACGCCAACGCAGCCCACGGCUACAACUGGGGGCUGUGGUGCAUGUACAUAAUCCCACCACAGGACUGGCUCGAUAAAGGGGAUGAGUCAGCUCCCAUCAGAACACCAGCCAUGAUUGGAUGCUCGUUUGUAGUGGACCGAGAAUACUUUGGUGAGAUCGGCUUGCUUGAUCCUGGUAUGGAGGUCUAUGGAGGAGAAAACAUUGAAUUAGGCAUGAGGGUGUGGCAGUGUGGAGGAAGCAUGGAGGUGUUGCCCUGUUCUCGCGUGGCACAUAUUGAACGCACAAAGAAACCCUACAACAACGACAUUGAUUACUAUGCAAAGCGCAAUGCUCUGCGGGCUGCUGAGGUCUGGAUGGAUGACUUCAAGUCGCAUGUUUACAUGGCCUGGAACAUCCCAAUGGCAAACCCUGGAGUUGACUUUGGAGAUGUUUCUGAAAGAAUAGCUCUACGACAGCGACUGCAGUGCCGGAGUUUUAAGUGGUACUUGGAAAACGUCUACCCUGAAAUGAGGGUUUAUAAUAAUACAGUCACUUACGGAGAGGUCCGUAACAGCAAAGCUAGCGGCUACUGUCUGGACCAGGGAGCUGAAGAGGAUGACAAAGCAAUCCUCUACCCAUGCCAUGGAAUGUCCUCUCAGCUGGUCCGCUACAGCUCUGAGGGCGUCCUGCAGCUGGGGCCCCUGGGCUCUACAGCCUUUCUGCCAGACUCAAAAUGCCUCGUGGAUGAUGGGAAGGGCAGGACACCUACUCUGAAGAAGUGUGAAGAUGUCCUGAGGCCAGCACAGAGGUUCUGGGAUUUCACGCAGAAUGGUCCAAUCAUCAGCAGAGACACUGGCCGUUGUCUAGAAGUGGAAAUGUCAAAGGAUGCAAAUUUUGGGCUCAGAUUAGUCGUACAAAGGUGCUCGGGGCAAAAGUGGAUGAUUAGAAACUGGAUAAAGCAUGGCCGACAUUGA